AUGAUGUCGUCAGGACGCGAGAAAACCAACGCUCGCAAUUACCAGUAUCAUAGGUUAGCAUUCAUCUCACUCGAUUGUGGUAGGUACUGUGACAGUGUUUCCUACAAAUGUAAUCGUGCUGAGAAAUACACAAAUAAAAGUGACACCCGCGCCGCGCAUAGUAGGAAGGAACAACUCCAGUGCUCCUGCUACGUGCGAGCUCGUUCAAAUGAGGAUGGCACUAUUACAGUCAAAGCGUGCUUUGGCAAUGUGGGUCACGAGGUUGAACCUGCACUUUUACGUCCAUCGACCGUAAAAAAAGUGAUAAUCACUCCAUUACAACUACAAUGGCUGAAGGCGUAUUCCUCUCGUGGCGCAUUUGCUGAUGAUACACACGGCACGACACGAUACAGCUUGAAAUUAGCGACAAUCUGUUGUCCCGCAGCCUUUCUGCUAUCUGGAACUAUGACGGCGUUGGAUGUGGAGAAUCUAUUCGAAGAAGUGGAAAAACUGAUGCCUGAAUUCAACCCCAAUAUCAUUGUUACUGAUAAGGCUUUGUGCUUCCAUAAGGGAUUCCGGGCAGUGUUUCCAUCGUCGACGGCGAGGCUACACUACUGCCGAUGGCACAUACUGAGACUUGGGAAAGGAAAGUGA